AUGGCAGCACCGGCCGCCACCGGUAUCCCAGUGGUCAAUCAGUGCUUUCCGCCGCCACCCGUGGCCGCCCCAAACUUAGGCGGCCGCCCCCGCCUUUCUCCACAUGACCAUGCCCAGUGGUCAACUGGCCUCUGUGACUGUUGCGACAAUCUUAGCAUCUGUUGCUUAACGUGUUGGUGCCCGUGCAUAGCAUUCGGUCGGAUCGCAGAAAUUGUGGAUCGAGGGUCGACGUCGUGUGGUGUGAGUGGAGCAUUGUACUCGAUGAUCACGUGCAUGGGAGGAUGGUGCUGGGUGUACUCAUGUAUGUAUAGGUCAAAAAUGAGAGGGCAGUAUUUCUUGGAGGAAAAACCAGGCACAGAUUGCUGCGUCCAUUUUUGCUGCGAGACAUGUGCUUUGUGCCAAGAGUAUAGACACCUUCACAAUCUGGGACUUGACCUCUCUAUAGGAUGGCAUGGGAAUAUGGAGAGAGAGAAACGAAAGGCUGGUAUUCCUCCAUCAGUUCAAGAGGGAAUGAAGCACUAG